AAUAUUUUGUCUAUGGCUUUGUGUAAACAAUAGUUUGAAUCGGGUACCUCGUGUUUAUUUAAUUAAGAAAUGGUAUUCAGCGUAUUUAUUGCUUAAAUAACGUAAGAAAUGUCGGGUUUCCUAGAUGUCAAAUAUCCCUUUAAGUCGAAUCUCGGCCUAAAUCCUUUUAAGACGUGGAAGAGGCAAUGGUGCAUAUUGAGGCCGAGCCCGACGUGUGCGGGCGGCGGGUCGCUGGCGGUGUACUGCAGCGAGGCGGGGGCAUCGGCUGGGGCGGUGGAGUUGCCUCCAGACAGCGUUGUACGGCGGGCGAAGUCCCGUAGUCGGCCGUUCGCUUUUGCCGUGUUUUCGGCGGUGGAGCCGCACAAACCACGUAUCCUGCUCGCGGCACAGACCCUGCAGGAUGCCCAGCUCUGGAUGGACAAGAUCAGAGCCCUCUUAGACGGCAAACAAUUACUGGGCUCCACCCGCGACUCAUUCUCAGUGACCAUCAUGAGCGGCACGCUGUCCCGCAAGCUGAUGCUUUGCGGCGACGGUCAGCUCACCAUCACCACCGACGGCGUCGUCAUAUCCCGCUCUCGCGCCAUGCCUGCGCUCAUACCGUGGAAACAUGUUCAUGAUGUGACGAUGUGUGACGAUAAAAAUAGGAUUGUUGUCGGAGUUAAUAGCGAUUUCCAUAAUGGGGGUUCCCUGACGCUGUCUAGCCCGUUGGCUGCGGAAAUAGCAGCGGCGCUUAAUAGAGACUCCGCCGGGCGCGCGAGGAGGAACAAACGGCUGAGUAGGAGUGAGGCCGACUUACGCGUAGCUCCCGACGGAGAUCUGGGGGACAUUCGGCGCAGCAGCUGGUCGACCAGCGGGCCGCCGGAGGUGGCGCUCGACGACACUGACCUCGCCAUGAUGAAGGAGACGCCAGCCCAGGUGCAGUUAUCUCGGUGCGCGGGCGCCGGCCACCUGCCGUCUCCGGCGCCGCAGCGCGUGUCGCGGCUACACGCCGACGCCAACGACGACAGCAUGUCCGACCGGCGCUCGCUCCUCUCGGUCGCGUCCGGCAUCUACGAGGAGAUCCCCGACCCGCCCGACCAGCUCUACACGGCGAUGUCCCGCGACCACGGCGACGGGCCCGCUGUCCGGGACAACGGGCCCGCUGUCCGGGACCACGGGCCCGCUGUCCGGGACAACGGGACUAGUGACAAGUGCAGCGUCAAGGGCGGGACUAGUGACAAGUGCAGUGUCAAGUGCGGGACUAGUGACAAGUGCAGUGUCAAGUGCGGGACUAGUGUGGAACGUGUGUUGAGGCCGGACGAGCCCAUGUAUGAGUCGGUGGCGGAGUGUGUGUACGCGACGAUGAGAAGGACCGGCAAGAAAUACCCGCCGCCGCUGCCGCCGCGGCUGCCGUUCGGCACAAUGAAGUUGGGUGAAUCGUGGAACUCUCGCAUCAACACCGGGGACGCCGUGACGCGGCACAGCUCGCUGGGCUCGCUGCCUCGCUGCUGCAGCGUCAGCUCCACCUCCUCCGACUCCAAGACCAAGACCCUGCCCAAGAGCACCCGCCAGGCGUUCAGCGUGUUCCGGAAACGGCUCAAGAGCGACUCCCGCAUCAUGUCCCCCAAGUCAGAAACCGCCAAAGAGAACAAAGACGUCGAAACCAAAAAGAAGAAGUUCGACUUCACCCCGACCCGGGACAUCUUCAAAAACUUCAAAGUCAGCCGGAAGAUGAAAAACUUGAAAAUCGCCCCGGGCAGCUUGUCCAAAGUCGGUGAGACCAAAAGCUGCGAGUUCCUGGACGAGACGGAGCACGUUACCACCGCUCGCUGCUCAAAAUCAGUCGAAUCCCUCGAACCGAAUGACGAAUUUGACUUCGAUGCUGAUUUAUCAUUAGAAUUCAACGAUGAUUCUAUAUCGUCGCUCGCCUUGCCUCAAGAGAUCUUGGACUUGAUAUUGCGCAGUGAGCAUAUGAAUAAGAUUCGUCUAAAACAUGAGAUGAGUGAGUGCGACUAUAUGCCGAUGUCCCCGAUAUGCCCGCCGGCACCCAUAGAGCACCAUUACAUCGCGAUGUCCCCGAGCACUAAUCUCGCCUGAAGAUUUGUUAGCCCUGAAUCAACACUUACAA